AUGAAAAAUCAUGAAAUGAUUACCAUUGUUCAUGUAGGUGUUGCCGUACGUCUGAAAACGUCUCCUCCAAAAGAAUUACGUCUGUACAACGCAAUGUCACAGUCAGGAUAUGACGUUGGCAAUACAACGAAUGAGCUACCCGAAUUUGCACAAUUAUCAGUCGGCAAAGGAAUAAUGACAAAUCAUAAUCCAACAAAUCGAUCGUCCUGUUAUUAUAUUCCAACAAUUGUUUCGCGUAUUAUGCGAAACUCUGGAAAACAUAUUCUUAUACGUGGUGGCAUCAGGAUGCAUCCAUUAUUAAACUAUGAUCAUCAUCUUGGCAACACUUUCCAUCCAUGGAGGUUUUACGAUGGAUUAUCCAACUAUGGUUCUACUCGUUCAAUGCUUUUUCUAAAAGGUCCAUUUCCUUUUCUGAAUACAGACAUAUCGUUUAAACGUGUUAAAUAUGGAAGUGGCACACGAGCUCAAUAUGGUCCAAGUUAUUCAGGUCAUACUGGGCUAGCCGAUUAUACUGGUUGGAAUACUUUAAUUCUACAACAAAGAGCGACUGUUGAUGAUAAAAUAAUACUAGGAGCAAUGAGUAAAAAUGAAGGAAAAUUAGAAAGUGUUCAAUCCUACGAUAGUGAAAUAGUGUCAGUUGGUGCAAUGCAAAAAACAAUCAGUAGCAAAGGUACUGGUGAAUUUCCAAAGCAAGUAUGGAAAUUUAAAGAGCAAUAUCCAGAACAAUAUAAAGAACUUUUCGAAAAACACGGUUGGGUAGUUACGAACAAUGCUCAAGUCUAUUCGAUGUCAUACAAUGGACUAACUGGUAACGAAUUGAAAAACUCAAUUCGAAAAGAUUUUCAAAAAGAAAUUGAAGCAACUCGUUCAAAAAACAAUGUAGCUGCUUCAAAACCAUUAGAAGCAUUGGUUAAGGCAAUGAAUAAUAAGGAAUUUCAAGAAAUGCAAGUACUUGAUUUCAUUGAUCGUUUACAUAAACAAGUGUUACCAAUAAAACCAAUUGGCUUUGAAUCCUAUACACUCGACGAUUAUUUAAAAUCAAAUUUUGGGAAAGCUGUAGUUCUUGAUCAACAUGUUAAUAGACCUGGAUAUGUGAAAGCAGAUUUUGGAAAGGCAUUAGAACAUUUGUUUACUAAAUAUCCGGAUCUUUCAAAGGAUCCUGCAAAAUGGGGACCGAAUCGUGAGAAAUACGAGGCUGAACUAGUUGACUACUAUGGAACACAUCGAAGAAUGACUGAUGCUGCCAAGAGAUAUAGCGAGUUAAAAAAUGAGUUCUAA